CUGGAGGCGGGCUUUAACUGCAGCCGCCUUUUCGUUGCUACGAGACUUCAAUCAGGUCGUCUUUGUGCAGAUAUAUGCGUGCUAUUAGGUAGCUGCAGUUCAUAAUUUCUCACGAAGAAUUUGUAUCCUCUUUGUUGAAAAAAUGAGUGGUCGAGGAAAAGGCGGGAAAGGUCUCGGGAAAGGAGGCGCCAAGCGUCAUCGCAAAGUUCUCCGUGACAACAUCCAAGGUAUUACUAAGCCAGCGAUUCGUCGUUUGGCUCGCCGUGGUGGAGUCAAGCGUAUCUCAGGUCUCAUCUACGAAGAGACCCGAGGAGUGCUUAAGGUGUUUCUGGAGAACGUCAUUCGUGAUGCCGUCACCUACACUGAGCACGCCAAGAGGAAGACCGUCACCGCUAUGGAUGUGGUUUACGCUCUGAAGCGUCAGGGUCGCACUCUGUACGGCUUCGGUGGGUAAAUCUGUCUCAUUUGGAAAUCCGUUUUGCAUCUGCCCAAAGGCUCUUUUAAGAGCCGCCCAUAUUUUCUGUUAAAAGCAGCCUUUCCUUGUUAAUGUCAAGCGUAAUUUUUUAAGAACCGUCAUGUUGACCUUGCAAGGGCAGUGCCCAUUACUUGAGCCGUAUGCUGCGAAAUUAAAGGUUCUAUGCGCAUGGAGGGAAUUCACUAACAUACUUGUUCAAGUUCUGCUAAUUUGACGACUGCGAUUUUAAACCGCACCGGUCGCUCCCCCGAAGACCAACGCCUAACCGGUAACCUCGUUACUUUGAACAAUAAAAGCUACCUGUAUUUUCGCUGAUCUGUAUUCCGGUUUUAUGAUGUAAGAAACGUGAGCGGAGUCCAUUUACAAGCUGCGAUGGAACACUAUCUUUCCCAAAAUGUCAGCCGUCUGGAUAUUUAACAAAGUGUGAAGUGGACAUUGAAAGGUCUUAUUUUUCAACCUGAGUCUCAUUUUCGUAAUAUUUUUCAUCAAUUCUACCGGUUCUGAUAGUAUUAUGCGACUGCUUAAUUGCUAAGUUUUGUCUUUUUAGAUUUUUUUCCUCUAUGCCAGUAGCUUCACCACGGUGUCUAUGGGGGCAUAUCAGGAUAGGCUACAGGGUCAAUGUACCUUCAAGCAAGUCCAGUUUAUCUAUAUCUGUUUAUUGGGAAGUGAAAAUGAAUGUGAAUGUGGAAACUUAUUUGUCGAAAUUAAAAAUAAUUGCAGAAUUGACUGUGA